AUGGGCGGAGGCAGGGGAGGCAAGGGAUGCGGGGCCCCGACCGCGCCCAAGAGGCGAACUCAGAAGAAGACGACGCCGCCCGCUGACCAAGCCUGUGACGCCUUGGCGGCAUCCAGCUCUGCUGGGCUGCCCCAAGCAGAGCUGUUCGGACUCAGCGGAGAGUACAACCAGAAGCUCCAGACCUGGCUCGAGGCCAUCUUGUCUCACGACAUCCUCAAGAACGCGAUGCAGACGAGCGGCCUCAACAUUGACGCCCUCAAGAACAAGCUGGAGGGCUCCUCCGAGACGGUCGACGAUCCGAUCAUCAUCGCUGCCGGCGCCAUCCCGUUCUUCUGGAUGAACCCGCUCGCUACCCCGACCCCUGGGGUGAUGGUCAACGAGGACGACGUGGACCGGCUGCGGGACAAUUGGGGCGCGACGCGGGCCUUGCACGUGGUCUCCCCGCUGGAGAAGCUCCACGCGCCGAUCAAGCAGUGCUUCGUCGAGAUUCAGCGAAAGACCAUGACCGACGCUCGCGCCCGCGAGUGGCUCAAGCUGUUCGCCAACUGCCCCGUGGAUGUUUGGCGCCUGAGCCCUGCCGACGUGUCGACGCACAGCUUCACCCUCCGCGAGGGCACCAAGGGCGAGGCAUUCGCCGCGAGCUGGACAACCCUCCAGAAGGUGCAGAUGGUUAUACGGGAGACGUGGGCGGUCAAGAACGCGAGCUCGAACAAGAAGGGCCCCAGCGUCAGUCAGAUGGAAGAGCAUUUCCUGCUGAAGGUCAAGCUGGCGCAGAACAGUGAAGAGCUCUCUGCGUCAUUCAUUGACGCGGCCAUGUCUGUGAAGGACCGGAUCUUGGCCAACAAGGCGGUCAGCAACGCGGUGCUGAGGCUCGACUCGCUCUACAAGAACAACGGCGGGCCAACCGACGCUAUCUAUAAGUUCCAGGUCGUGAUGAACCGCUGCAAGACUGAGCACAACAUCGAAUGGUUCUACAACUGGGCGCCCGACGCCCUGAGGAUGGGCCAUAUAGAGCUGUCAGAUUGCUCGGGGACGAAGCUCAACAUGUGGGGCUGCGAUUUGGCCAAUAUGAAGUUGCGGUGCCUUGACUACUUCUUGAACCGCUGGGCGCACGCCGCUGCGUUCACACCUGAAGAAAUCGCAUUCUGCCGCAAGACGUUUGCAUCGCACGUUUCGUUCCGUUCGGCGUUCACCAACUACCCCGGCGAGCAGCCCAACGACAAUUCGUUCCUGUUCGUCGACGGCGAAGGCAAGAAGCGCCCCAAGUCGUUCCGCAUGGCGGUGACCCUGUGGGAAAAAAUCAUCUACGGCAGCGAGUGCGACGGGUCGCUGAGGCAAGCGGCCAAGUACAACAAGACCCCGGAGGAGCUCUUGGAUAACCAGUCGUUCGAGGAGGAGGAGCAGCUCAAGCAGGAGCAGCAGCAAGCCAUCGCUGCCACCGAGACGGCCGACGAGUUCAUCUUUGCCAAGAGGCCCACCGACAACAACCAGGAGUCCGAGUACUUCGACUACCUGAAGAUGGCAGACCGGAUAGCGCGCUCCCUGACGCGCGUCGUGGUGGUAUUCUUGAUGGACGGGGGUAAGCCUGGCAUCACCAAGGCCCUGCUUGCACCGUGGAAGGUUGGUUCGAUCCUCGAGAAAUCUGAGAAGAAGGCCCCCGACGAUGAUGAGGCCGUCGUGGUUGAUGAUCAUGAUGAGGACGACGAGGAGGCCGUCCGCUUCGUAUCCAGGGGGAUCACGGUCUACAAGGACGAGGCCAGCAUGAAGGAGCGCAAGAAGCUUACGCGCGGAGUGGCCUGCGUCAAGCAGACGAGCCAGUUGCACAUUUGCUCGACCGCCCCCUUGCAGCUGCCGCCGCGUGCUUCGAAGCACUACCCAUCAUCGGGCACCAAUCAGGGCGCGAUCAUCGGCCCCGUCGUGCUGCCCUUGCCCAGCGAGGAGUGGCAGGCCACCUUCGCAACCAAGAAAUGCAUCUACGGCAAGGACUACCGGAUCGCCGUGGGCGGCGAGGUCGCCGGCCAGGGCGAGGGCAAGAAGCGCGAGAACGACGACUGGGAGAUGGUCUCCAUGAACGCGAUGCCGCCGAAGUUCUUCUCGGAGCUGAAUCGCAGGUACUUCGCGUCCCACGCGUUCGACAUCUCGCCCGGCCCGGGCGCGUGCGGCGAGGAGUGCAUCUACGAGGGCAUCGCCUACUUCUGCCUGGCUUUCACUGAGCUGCACGCCGAG